UUUGAAAAGAUAGAUUUAAAACUCAAAGAAAAUGGAAAUUCUUUUACUUUUGUCAUUUUGUAAUUUGAGUUCAAAUAACGUAAAAAGCAAGACAUAUAAAUAAAUGGUUCUCCACAGCAUAAUCACCUAUCUCUUACAUACCUUGAAAACUAAUUUUCUGCUUUCUGCGUACCUUUCCAACAAACCCAUGGCGGAGAUUGUCCUCUCAGCUAUUGCCAAGGAGAUCAUUGAAUGGUUAGCUUCUGCAGCUGUGCAAGAAGUUGGAUUGCUGAGGUGUGUCAAGCAUGAGCUUUCAGGACUCGAAGACACCAUUUCCACAAUAAAAGCAGUACUUCUCGAUGCAGAGGAGAAGCAGAACCACAAUCAUCAAAUCAAAAACUGGCUAAAGAGGCUUGAAGAUGUUGUUUUUGAUGCCGAUGACUUGAUGGACGAGUUGAACACUGAGGCGGCUGUGCUACAACAAAGAAGGAUGCUUGGAAGUGAAAUGACCAAGCAGGUAUGUACUUUCUUCUCUACCUCUAACCAACUUGCCUUUCAACACAAGCUAGGUCACAAAAUAAAAGGUAUUAAUAAACGCCUAGCUGUGAUUAGAGACGAUAGGCAAUUCCAUUUAGAUGAGAGACAUGAGGAGAGUAGAGUUGUCACUGGAAUGAGGGAGGAUACUCACUCUUAUGUCCCUGAAGAAGAAGUUAUUGGGAGAGAUAAAGAUAAAAUGGCGAUCAUGAAAUUCUUGCUAGAUGAAAAUAUUGAAGAGAACUUAGCGGUGAUUUCCAUAGUUGGUAUUGGAGGGUUGGGAAAAACUGCACUUGCUCAACUGGUGUAUAAUGAUGAGACAGUUCAAAAGAACUUUGAUUUAAGAAUGUGGGUGUGUGUCUCAAACGAUUUCAAUGUGAGAUUGCUUGUUGAGAAAAUUCUUAAAUUUGCUACCGAUAAGGACCUAAAAAACAUGGAGAUGGAACAACUGCGAAUGGAGCUUCAAAAAGAAAUAAAAGUAAAGCGGUAUCUCCUUGUAUUAGAUGAUGUGUGGAAUGAAAAUGAUGGAUUAUGGCUGAGUUUGAAAAUGUUAUUAUCAAAUUGUGCAAAAGCGAGUAGAAUAGUGGUAACUACUCGGAGUGCAAGAGUUAGUGAAAUUAUGAGUACAUCGGAGCCAUAUAUCUUAGAGGGACUAGAUAAAGACAAAUCUUGGUCUUUAUUUGAGAAGAUGGCUUUUAAGCAUGGACAUGAGGCAAGCAAUUCUAAUAUUGUGGAGAUUGGAAAGCAAAUUGUUAAAAAAUAUGGAGGGAUUCCUCUUGCUAUAAGGACAAUAGGAAGGAUGUUAUAUUUUAAAAAUUCAGAAACAGAAUGGUUAUCCUUCCUUGAAAUGGAAUUUUCAAGAGUCCCUCAAAAUGAUAUUUUACCAACCCUGAAACUUAGCUACGAUAAUCUCCCUUCUCAUUUGAAGCAAUGUUUUGCAUCUUGUCACUUAUUUCCUAAAGAUUAUGAAAUCAAUGUAGAGAUGCUAAUAAAUGUUUGGAUGGCACUUGGAUUUGUUAAGCAAUCAGAUUCAACUAAGUCUUUGUUUGACACAGGUCGUGAGUACUUUAUGGAUUUACUUUGGAGAUCAUUCUUUCAGGAACAUCAUGAGGAUGAAUUUUUAAAUACAAAAUGUAAAAUGCAUGACCUCAUGCAUGAUCUUGCAACACAAGUAGGAGGAAUAAAAUGCAUUUCUUUGCAGCCAAAGAGAAAAACUAAUUUUGACAAAAGUACUCGUCAUGUGUCCUUUAAUUUUCAUUUAGAUUCAUCACAACAAAUUCCAACAACGCUUUCUCAAGCCAAAAGGAUUCGGACAAUUCUUUUGCUUGGUCAGUCAUCGAGUACAGUUCAAGGCGGACGAGAUCAAUCAGUUUGUGAUGUACUUGUGUCAAGUUUUAUGCUGGUGCGCAUUUUGGAUCUUCAUAAUUUGGGAAUUAAGGUAGUGCCAAAUUCUAUUGGUAAACUGAGGCAUCUAAGGUAUCUUGAUCUUUCUCAAAAUGAAGAUAUCAAAGCAUUGCCAGAUUCCAUCACCACAUUGUACAAUCUGCAAACAUUGAAACUUUCAAAAUGUAGACAACUCCAAGAGCUGCCAAGGGACAUGAAGAACCUAGUCAACCUUGUAAAUCUUGAGAUUACUAAAUGCAAUAGUUUGACUCAUAUGCCAAGUGGAUUAGAUCAGUUGACUAAUCUUCAGACAUUAACAGCAUUCGUGCUGAAGAGUGAAGGCACAGGAUCUUCUCUGUCUAGGCAUAGUGACAGUGCUGAGGUGGGUCAGCUAAGGGACUUGAUGCAAUUAAACAACCUUAGAGGAGAAAUGGUAAUUCGCAAUCUGGGGAAUGAGAAAGAUGCUAAGUCUGCAAAUUUAAUGGGAAAACGUCUUCUUCACAGUUUGUGUUUAACCUGGAAAAGAGAUGUGGACUAUGAAGCAACAAUAAAAGGCCUCCAGCCACACCCAAAUUUGAAGCUGUUGUAUUUAAGAAAUUAUGAGGGUGUCAGGUUUUCAAGUUGGUUUCCAUCUCUUACCAAUCUUGUAUGUCUCAAGAUAAAAAAUUGUAGGAAAUGCCAAUAUCUACCACCACUAACUCAAUUCCAUUCUCUCAAGCAAUUGCACCUAAUGGAAUUGGAUUCUCUGGAGUAUAUUUCAGAGGAGCCCUUUAUGCCAUCUACAACAAUUCUACCAUCUCUGGAGAGCUUAAUGAUGCGUUAUUUGCCCAAUGUAAAAGGAUGGUGGAGGGAAGAAGUAGUGGAUGAGAAUUCCUCUUCAAUAAAUAAUCACUACAUAUCACAUUCUUUUCCUCGUCUUUCAGAAUUGCUUAUUGGUGACUGUCCAAAGAUGACUUUUUUGCCACUAUCUCCAAAUAUAGUUAGAAUGGGAGUGGAAAAUAAUACAUGGAAGCCAUUCCAACAGGCAAUGCAAAACAUUCCAGCUUUAAAGGAAGCAUCAUCUUCCGGCAGCUCUCUCAUUCCUUUCUCUAACUUGAGUGAUCUUCGCCUUCACGGAGUUGAUGAUUUAAAGUCUCUUCCCGAAUGGCUUAAAAAUUUCACUUCUCUCAGAGAGUUUGCUGUUGUUAAAUGCCGUAACUUGAAGUGCUUGUCUCCCGGUGUUCAACAUCUUGCCUCUACACUUCAAGAUUUAUGCAUUAAAGGAUGCCACCAACUUGACAUGUCUAAUGCUGCUGAUGAGUUUACGUGGCUAGCCCUGAAUAGUAGUCUAUGUUCACUCCAACUGAUAGAUUUACCUCAAUUAGAGACUUUGCCUAUUGGUCUUCUACAUGUUAAGAGCUUGCAACAACUCCGAGUCAUAGCAUGUGAAAGUUUGACUGAAAUUCCAGAGUGGAUAAGCAACUUCAAAUCCCUACACACACUUGAAUUUGUUAAGUGCUAUAAUUUGAGAUCACUACCACAAGGACUACAUCAGCUCACAUCUUUACAAAAACUCACGAUCAUCGAUUGUCCUGUUUUAUACGAAAGAUGCCAAAGAGAAAGAGGUGAGGAUUGGCCUAAAGUUGCUCAUGUACCAGAGUUGAUCUUGAGAUUAACUGUUUCCCCAAAACCCCACACCAGUUCUUCAGGAUGUAAUAGGGGUAUACUUAACAAGUUUCGGAUAUCACGAUUUUGCAGUAAAGGAAUGCCAUAAUGGAUCCAAUUUUCAUAUUUGAAGAAUUUCCAACUUAAUUUUGGAUUGAAGCAUAAAACAAGCUUGGCAAAUUAAAGUAUAGGUUGAUGAAGCAUUUUGCACUGUUCAAAGCAAAAUAAGUUAUGAUGUGCCUGCUGGUUUAGCAGCAUUAGUGAAGAUUGGCUUAAUUAUACAUCAUAGUGUUGUUUUUAGGGGACAUGAAAAUGAUAAUCCUCUUCUUGUUCAGGAAUAUGAAUUGCUAUUGCUAAUUUCUUAACUUCCCCCAUGCUGAGAAUGAUUUCAAAAUUUUGUAUAAGUUUGUCAAAUUAAAAUCCUCUGUUAGUGCUAAUGAUCGGUAAUUUCAGUUCGAGGUUAAUUUAUUCCUCUCUUAACAUGAAAUGAAGUUUCGUAUAUUUAUCCAUUUUUGCAGAAUAUAUAGAUGGUGAUGAAUAUAUGCUGGUGUUCUGUCAUGAUUAAAAGAUGGAUAAUGAGGUUUGUGUUACAAAUAACUCCAAAAAAAUAGUGAUUCAAAGUUUGCUUCAAAAUGGCCCUUCCUAGAUAUUCUAAUUCUUAUUUUUAAAUCAAAGGGUAUUGCUAAUGGCUUGGAUUUUAUUGCAAACCUGUGUCGUUUGUCAUUGUUCAAAUAAGUCAAAAUAUUUUUUUCUUGCACAAAAAUUUUAAGGUUUGUGUGAUUUUCAUUGGUCAUAUACUUCAUUAUAAUAGAUGAUAAUUUUGAUCUCAAAGUAGCUGGUAGAUGAGAUGACAGUGGAAAUGCAUAAAAACUGUGGAAUUUGACACUCCAUAUGGUAACCACAAAUCACAAAUACAAUUUUCAUUAUUGGUUUUAAGAGAGAGGGGGGGGGGAGGUAGUUGCAUUUUAAAAAACAGGGCCAAUUAAGGUUGCAUAUUUUAUCCCAGGAAGGUUGCAUAGUUUCCUCCUACAAUUUUGUUUGCCAAAUGAGGGAUGUGGAAAACUGACGCAACAGAGGAAACACCACGAGAAAAGUUGAGCUUAUCUUCUUGAGAAUCUGUCUCUACAACUAUAUUCUGAAGCCUUGAGUACUUGACCAUGAGAAAAGCUUGAAGAAUAGCAUAAAAAAGUAGACCUUUGCUGCAUGAAGACAGGGAAUGACUGCUUGUUAAUGACAAAUUCCACACUUUUUUGCUGAAACUGAAGUUGAUUCCUAGCUUUCCGAUGAAACGAACUAACUUCAGUAAAAAAGGAACCAGAAUACAAUGCUGCAAAUUGAUGACUUAUUGAUUAUCCCCUUUAAUUCUCAUCAUUUGAUGAACUUGCAUGGGCAACUCAAUCCAAAGUCGUUGAAGAAGUAUUGCAGAAUAAAUGGUGAAGAGUACUGGUGAGCAUGUCUAUGAUUGGAAGACGGAUAAUGAGGUUUAUGCUACACAAAACUCCCAAAAAAUAGUGAUUCAAAGUUUUCUUCUAAGAAAUGCUAGUAAAACUUUGGAUGGUGCUCGGAUUUGUAAACAAUCAAAUUCAACUAAGUCUUUGGUGCACAUGGGUCAUGAAUACUUUACUGAUUUAUUUUGAAGAUCAUUUUUUCAAGAAUUACAUGAAGAUGAAUUUUUGGAGACAAGCAUGAUCAUGCAACACAAGUAGGAGGAACAAAAUGCAUUUCUUUACAGCCAAAGAGAAAGAGUUAUUUUUGACAAGAGUACUCAUGUGUGAUUUAAUUUUCAUUUAGAUUCAUCGCAACAAAUUCCAACAACACUUUCUCAAGCCAAUAAGAUUCAGACAAUUCUUUUGCUUGGUCAGUCAUCAAGUACAGUUCAAGGAAGGCCAGGUCAAUCAAUUUGUGAUGCAAUUGUGUCAACUUUUAGGUUGGUACGCAUUUUAGAUCUUCAUCGUUUGGGAAUUAAGAUGGUGCCAAAUUCUAUUGGUAAACUGAGGCAUCUAAGGUAUCUAGAUCUUUUUCAAAAUGAAGAUAUCAAAGCAUUGCAAGACUCCAUCACCAUGUUGUAAAAUCUGCAAACGUGGAAACUCUCAAAAUGCAGACAACUCCAAGAGCUACAAAGGGACAUGAAGAAACUAGUCAACCUUGUAAAUCUUGAGAUUACUAAUUGCAUCAGUUUGACUCAUAUGCCAAGUGGAUUAGAUCAGUUGACUAAUCUUCAAGCAUUAAAAAAAUUCAUGUUGAAGAAAGAAGGCACAGACUCUUCUCUGUCCAGGCAUAGUGACAGUGGUGAGGUGGGUGAGCUAAGGGACUUUGAUGGAACUAAACAAACUUAGAGGAUUUAUGGGAAUUCAUGAUUUGGGGAAUGAGAAAGAUACCAAAGUCUGCAAAACGUCUUCUUAGCAGUUUGUAUUUAUGGUGGGAUGCGGAUGUGGACUAUGACGCAACACUAGAAGGCCUCCAGACACACCGAAAUUUGAAGUGGUUGUAUUUCGGAAAUUUUGAGGGUGUCAGGUUUUCAAGUUGGUUUCCAUAUCUUACCAGUCUUGUAUAUCUUAUGAUAGAAAAUUGUAAGGAAUGCCAAUAUCUACCACCACUCACUCAAUUCCAUUCUCUCAAGGAAUUGCACCUAGAGGAGUUGCUAUCUCUAGCUGCCAUCUCUGGGGAGCUUAGGCUUGUAUUAUUUGCCCAAUCUAAAGGAAUGGUGGAAGGAGGAAGUAGCGGAUGAGAAUUCCUCUUCAAUGCAUAAUCACCACAUAUCACAUUCAUUUCCUCGUCUUUCUAAAUUGCUUAUUGGUUGCUGCCCAAAGCUGACUUUUUUGCCACUAUGUCCAAAUAUGAAAACAAUGUCAGUGGAAAAUAAUAUGUGGAAGCCAUUCCAACAGGCAAUGCAAAACAUUCCAGCUUUAGAGGAAGCAUCAUCUUCUAGCAGCUUUCUCAUUCCAAUGGAUGCCACCAACAUGACAAGUCCGAUGCUACUGAUGAGUUUACGGUCAGCCCUGAAAAGUGCUCUACAUUCACUCCAUCUGAUAUAUUGACCUCAGUUAGAAACUCUGCCUCUGGGUCUUCAAUAUGUUAUGAGCUUGCAACAACUUAAAGUCUAAGAGUGUGAAAAAUUUGAUUGAAAUGCCAGAGUGGAUGAGCAACUUCAAAUCCCUAUACACUAAUUUAUCGAGUGCUAUAAUUAUAGAUCUUGCAUAUAAUGGUAAUUAUCCCUUAUUCUUUUUCUUAAUUUUAACUGGGGGACUUAGCCACUUUUGUAUGUACUUAAAGUUGUAUGUAUGCAAGGUGUAAUUUGGGAAUAUACAAAAAGUUUCCAAUAUUACAAUUCUUAUUAAAAGAAUGUUUUCUUACUUACUUCA